AUGGUCAACCCGCACCCGUACUACCCGCCGCACGUCGUCGUGCAGGGCUACGCGCCCAACACUCUCUCGGUCGUCGCCCUCGUCACCGCCUUCGCCGGAGUCAUCGCCGCCUUCUUGGUAUUCGCCCUUGCGCUCGCCAGGCGGCUGAGCCCUGGCUUGAAGCGCAGGCGCGCGGAGCAGGCGGCUUUUUGCUGGUUUGUGCUUUGCGGGUUCCUACAUUGCUUCUUCGAAGGCUACUUUGUUCUUAACCACGCGCAGAUCCCGGGGUCGCAGGACCUGUUCGCGCAGCUGUGGAAGGAGUACGCGCUGUCUGACUCGCGAUACGUGACGUCUGACCCCUUCAUGCUGGCCAUCGAGGUCCUGACUGCGAUCGUAUGGGGCCCGCUGUCCUUUAUCGUGGCCAUCUACAUCGCCGCUGCCGCCGCCACCACCGCCACCACCCGCACGCGGCUGCAGCGCCACGUGCUGCAGGCCGUUGUCUGCGUCGGCCACGUCUACGGCGUGGCGCUGUACUACGGCACGUGCUACUUCGCGGAGCGCAUGCAGGGCGUCUCGUACAGCCGGCCCGAGACGCUGUACUACUGGGUCUACUACGCCGGGCUCAACGCGCCGUGGGCCGUCGUGCCGGCUUUGCUGCACUGCCAGAGCGUAAAGGCGCUCACUCGCGUUGACGGCGGCGCCGCCAAGAAAGACCAGUGA